AUGGAAGAAGUGUCAAGGAUGGCCAAGGCCUAUUACCAUGCAAGCCCGGUCGAUCUUCAAAAGUUGUUUAUAGGCUUCUUCUGCGCGAUGGACGAUGAUGGCAAUGGCAAGAUAGACAAAAAAGAGUUUCUGGAGUUCAUGAAUGACGAAGGGGGUGGCAAAUCAACAAAAUUUUCCAUCUUCAACCUAUUAGAUGUCGAUAAGAAUGGAACUCUUGAUUUUUAUGAAAUGAUGACAGCCUUUUAUAUAAUUAUGAGCGAAAGACCGUUUUGUGAUAGUUGUGAAAAGUUUAUUACAUCUUCGUAUUUCACAUGUGUCGGGUGUUUGGAAAAUCAAAUUGAAAGUUCGUUUGAUCUUUGCCUCGAUUGCUAUUAUAUGAAGAAAUGUGUUCACACCCACAACGGUUCUGAUCGAUUUCUAGACAAUCAUUCAUUGCUUGCUAUUACCAAGUCAAUAAUAAAGGAGGCAAGUUCCUCGACAGCUAUGAAAACAACUUCAGUGGUCAAGGAUGCUGGUGGACGUUGUGUGGACGACCCACAACAACAAAAACGGGUGAGUGAGUUAUAA